AGCAGCAGCACCGACUCCCGCAGCAGGACGAGGCUACUACAGUUUCUUACCCCGUGUUCCAAGAGAGUCCGCAGUGUUAUAAUCAUUGUGGGGGAGCAGCCCUACUGCAGCAGCAGCAUCAGCAUCAGCAUCAGCAGGCUCCUACAGUCCACUGGUGUGGCCGCGGUCCUUCGUCCUUCCCGGGCUGGUCUGUAGCACACCUCACCGCUGAGGAUGCACCGCACCUUCGGGCGUCAGACGGAUUAGUUUAAAUCGGUGUAGCUGAUCUCACACCACCCGCUAUUGGUGGCUCUGACUUGUCGGUGUCAAAGCGCCAGGCCAAUAAUCCAAUUAAGCGUUUAGAGGCAAAAGACUAAGAAUAGCGGCAGUUACAGUAGAAAAGUUUCACAUCUCCAGCCCGGUGGUGGUGGAGGUAAUAGAGUAGAUGAAUGGAGCACCAUGCACGGAGGAUGUCCCUGAUGGAGCAGAGCUGCCUUCACUGAGAGGACGUCAAAACUGCGAUGCCAUGAUCUUAAGGAUUAUUUUGGAUCCGUGGUGGGAGCGUUGAAGAUAACAGAGGAUCAGACGGCUCACACUCAAUACAUGUGUUACCAGGAAUGUGUGCAGGAUGAGCAGCACAUUCGUUACAUUAGCUGAAGUACUGGAGGCUCGAGGGGGCCCUCUGCUGGAGGAGGAGGUCUGGUCCCUGCUGCUGGGCACUGCAGAGUCUUUAUUGGAUGCUUCUUACAAAGGUCACAACAACAUGUACAACAUCAUUAGCCCCACCUCCGUGCUGCUCUCAGCCACCGGUACCUUAGCCUUUAAGAACUGUGGCCUAUCAGAUGAGGUGUCCACCUUCACCCCUCCAGAACUGCUGCAGGGCCGAGCCAGCUCCACCAAACCUGCCAUAGAGAGGAUGCUGGUGUACUCACUGGGUAUGACUCUUUACUGGUCAGUUGAUUUUCACCUACCUCAAAAUCAGCCUGUCCAGUUGAGUGACCAUCUAAACAGCCUACUCCUCAGCAUGUGUGAGGACCUGGCCCAGCGCAGGAUAACGCUCACCUCCAUCCUGGAGGCCUGCGAAUCACACCACAAGGCCUCCAUCCUGCCACCGACUGCCAAAGUCAUCAGACAGCUGGUGGAGGAGGUUUUCCACGAACCAACGGACCAGGGCACUUUGCCAGACAGUAACAUCCCUUUGAGUGGCAGAAGCCAGAUGAUCAGAGAGAAACUUCACGGAAAGAAGGGGCAAUUUUCAGACUUCAGCGACGGCAGCGCUGAGGGGAGAAGAUACUCCACCGACUCUGACUCCAAGUCAGGGAGUUUACGUCAAAGACGUUGGAGACAAAGACCGAGGAGCACUCCUGCACUGCUGCACCACUCCUCUCUGGACAGACUCCCUCGUGCUGUUCGCCACAGGGACAGUAACAGCAGCUGGGUUGGUAGAAGCACCCAUCAUGGCUCCUCUCCUAAACUAUCAGGCAGAUCUCAAAGCCCCUCCAUCACCAUGAGUGACUCCUCACUUAGUCUGAGUCACAAGAAAGCCAAGGCUCUGGGUCCUGAGUUCAUCAGAAUGUCGGAUGAACAACAAACUCUUCUCGAGCUUCCAGGAUCUAUUGUGUCCAGAAAGGGCCGUUCAUGUUCAUCUCAGAGAGAAGUGACUGUGGUGAUGCCCAAUGGACAGUACGUGAUGGUUCGCUGUGACAUUAAGUCCAAAGCAAGAGAUGUGUUUGACAUGGUGGUGGCUCAUGCAAACUUGGUGGAACACUUCUACUUUGGCCUUGCUUUCCUAGAUGACGAUGAAUACUUCUUCCUCGACCCGGAGUCAAAAGUCAGCAAGGCUGCGCCUGACAGUUGGAAAAAAGGACAGAUUACUUCAUUUUUGGUCUUCCUGCGAGUGAAGUUUUUUGUUGAUGAUGUUUCCCUAAUUUUGCACAAACUGACGCGACACCAGUACUACUUGCAGCUGCGUAAGGAUAUCUUGGAGGACAGACUCUACUGUAAUGAGGAGACUGGCUUAUAUCUCGCUGCCCUUGCUCUGCAGGCUGAAUUUGGAGAUUAUAUGCCAGAGCUGUAUGGUAAACAUUACUACCAGCCAGAACAUUAUGUGUCCCAGAGGAUGUUGGAGAAACUGGCUCUGCCCAACAUCAGAGAAGAGUUGCCCAGAAUACACGCCAACCAUGUGCAGAUGCAGGCUGAAGACGCAGAAACAGAAUAUCUAAAGAUUGCCCAGCAGUUACCUGAAUAUGGAGUUAUGUUUUACCGUGUUGGAAGAGAGAAAAGGCCGGUGGGCGGAGAGCUGGUGCUGGGAAUCUGUGUAAAUGGAAUCAAUGUGUACGAAAUGAAGAACCACAUCCGGACUGUCACCAGACGAUUCCUCUGGAGGGAAACGGACUCCAUCUCCACAGGGCGACAUAAACUGAUCAUCGAGUGUGGAGGGCCCAGUGGGAAGAAGCACAGUUUUAUAACAGAAAGCACAAAAAUAGCUCAGUACCUUCUCAACCUUUGUUCAGCUCAGCACAAGUUUCACAGUGAGAUGUCGUCACGGCAACUCAACCAUACCAUAAUACCAGAUGAAAAUAUGAAAUACAUGUCUGUUUACCGCGCUCGGAACAUGAACCUGAAGCGAAUUUCCUGCUCGGAGAGCAUGUUGAACCACGUGGGUGUGACGCCGGGUCAACCAGAAUCUCUGUCCAAGUCCUGCGAUGACCUGACCGCUAAGAUGGAGGCUCGACUCCGUCUGCAGUGUGAGAUGAGGAAGGAGAUGAGCAGGAUAUUAAACAACGACCCCCCGGAUAAAGACCCUGACGAUCAUUGGAGCGCUCCAAACUGUAUUCCCAGAAUGCUGUCCAGUCUCUCUCUACAGAAGCAGGAAUACGAGUCCUCGUCUUCCAUACGAGUUGACACACCAACAAGAUCUCCACCAGAGAGAGAAAUUAUCUGUGUGACCCUGAAGAAGGAUCCCAAACUGGGCUUUGGCUUUGUGAUUGUAGGGGAGGACAACACAGGUAAACUCGACCUUGGGAUUUUCGUUGCCUCCAUUGUUCCUGAUGGACCUGCAGGCAGAGAUGGAAGAAUAAAACCUGGUGGACGUCUCAUUUCCCUGAACAAAACUAGCCUGGAGGGCGUGACUUUCAGCGACGCUGCUGCCGUCUUACAGAGCAGCCCUGACGAAGUGGAGCUCAUUGUGUCACAGCCUAAACAGUCUCUGAAAGAUCUGAAAAGUUCCUUGAGUCAGAGUAGCGUGGGUCUGUCCCUGGACCGCAGCUUCGGGUCACAGACCACGCUGAGUGGCACUGAGUUCCGCCCCCCUGUGGAGGAACUGGAGGAGGCCAUGGCGCUGUCCAACAUGGCGACGCCAAAGCAUAACAAGAAGCUUCACAUUCCUGUUGUUAGAAUACACGAUCCCCAGGAUACAUGUUCCAGGUCUCCGUCUGCCUUAAGUUUUAAAGCUGCUGAGCGUUUUAUAGUUGAGCUGAAGAAAAUCAAUGGCAGUCUUGGCAUCAGUGUUGCUGGAGGAAUGAACACUAACGUGCGAUACGGAGGCAUUUACAUCAAGACAUUGGUGCCAGGGGGCGCUGCAGACCAGGAUGGCCGCAUUCAGAUCGGUGACAGACUGCUAGAGGUUGAUGGUUCCAACCUGAGGGCAGUGACUCACCAACAAGCUAUCGAGUGCCUGAAGAGGACUGGGGAGGUGGUGAGUCUACUGUUGGAGCGAGAGCCCACGGUCAUCCUGGAGUCCAGAUCUGACUCCCCCUGCCCCCAAUUAUCCCACAGCCCGUCACACACACAGCCCCCCAGGACCGAGGCCUCUGUGGAAACGACCUUGCCUGCGAGAGCCAAGGACUACAGCUUUGUGACCGAGGAGAACACACAUGAAGUUGUGCUCAAGAAGACGUUGUCCGGCCUUGGCUUCAGCUUUUACAUCUCACAGCUGCGUUCUGGACCAGAUCAAGGAUCUGUGGUCCGCAUCAAGCGUCUGUUCCCAGGACAGCCGGCAUUAGACAGUGGCCAACUGAGGGAGGGUGACGUCAUUCUGACUGUCAACAGAGAGCCUGUAAGGGAUCUGUCCUACCAGAGAGUCUUGUUCCUCUUACGUGGAGCUCCAUCUGAAAUUCACCUGCUGGUUUGCCGUCCAGCCCCUGGAACACUUUGUGAUGGAGAUGACAACACACUGAGUCCUGCUCCCACCCGGGAGUUUCGAUCCAGAUCUUUGACCUCGGACAUCCAUUUCAAAGAAGACUACAGCCAGCUCCUCAAGGGUCAGUACGACGUCAACAACCGGGCUCUGAGCCGAGUCCUCAACCAGGAGCAGGAUUUGACCAACAGAGGAGAGAGAAACCAUGAAUUUCGUGUCACUCCGACAGAGAGCCAAAAGAUACUGAAGAGCGAAGUGCACGUCCACCAGAGCUUCCCGUCCCCACCACGCUCACCGCCCUCACCCACGUCACCCACGACACCUCCAUCCCCGGUCUCACCAGUGUCACCCACCUCGCCCACCUCACAUACCUCGGGCUCUCCCCCAGCUCAGACUGAGUCAGGAUCCAGCCAAAGGAAUCCAGAGGAACACGAGGAGGUUGGAGCCCAGAGACCAGAUGAGGUGGCUGCAACGACAUCAGGUUCGACUGUGAUGCUCCUGGAUGUUGGCCCUAAGACUGCAACCAACUCCAUAUAUGCCAGUGGAGUCAGGGAGGACGCAGAUGGAAGUGUGACCUACUGCCUCAUGGGAAAUGGACUAACCAUCAUGGCAGACGAAGAGUACCUGACCAUCAGCUCCACACUGGAGCCCCCUCACAGCUUUCCCUCCAGUCUGACCACAAAUUCUCCAUCAAUCAAGCCCACAUUUCCCAGCUCUCAAACCUCCAUCAGCUCCUCUACUUUCAGCUCCCAGAAUCCAAACCACGUCCCUCUUACCACCGUCUCGCCGCUCACCCUCAUGUCCAACACGCCGACCACUUGUUUCCCUGCCCCUCCUUCUCAGCCGCUCACCACUCAGCCGUCCAAGGCCAAGCACCACCCGAUCCAGCAGGGCUUCUUUCCGAAUCUCUACAAAGCCUUUUCUGAAAACAGUCGACCUGCUGUGCCGCCACCUCCUCCUCCUCUUCCUCAGCUUCCUGCUCCACCACAGACCCCGAUCACAGCCCAGGUCAUCUCCUCUGUGCCUCCUAGUGUCAGUCCUCCUGCCCGGGGGCCAGUGACAACCUUUGUGCUGCCCUCUUCUGGACAGAGUCGCUCACAGUCGAGGGAAGAGCAUGUGGCAAACGAUAUGGAACGCAGGAAAGAUAGCGAGGAAGAGGAAGAGGAAGCCAGUCGAAGAAAGGGAUUUGUCAAAGAGUUUGAACUGCAGGUGUAUCUGACUAAAUCCAGAAGUGGAAGCUUUGGAUUCACCAUCGCCCGCAGCAAAUUGGACAACUGCUACUACAUACAGGAAAUACUGGACAACCCAGCCAAGGCAGAUGGAAGACUUAGAGCAGGAGACAGGCUCAUUAUUGUAAAUGGACAUAACGUGACCACUGUCGCGGAUGAUGUUGCCAUGACGAUUCUCAGGGCAUCUCAGAGAAAACUCAGCAUGACCCUGGGGAGGGCAGUUACUAACUUGGUGGCCCCACCACCCUGUGACAGCCUGCCGGAGGUCGUCCUGCACAAGACGUCCUCAGGACAGCUGGGUAUAAAACUGACCGGAGGGAUCGGCAGCAAAUGGCAGGGCAUCUACUGUCUGGAGGUGGUUCCAGGAUCUCCAGCCAGUGAGGAGGGAACUGUCAAACCCAAUGACAAGAUCCUGUACAUUAGUGGCCGCUGCACGCUGGGUAUGACGCUGGAGGACGCCGUCAAAGCCUGUGAGGUCGCCCCUCGUAAAGUCAAACUCAAGAUAAUAAGAGAGGACCACCCCGUACCCCCAAAGGCCAAGUGGAACGGCUUUUUUGAUUGGAAGAAGGACAGGAGGUCCUACGCUCACUUUGACGAUAGUAUUUCUCCAGAAAAGGACUCUCCUCCUGAAGAGGAUGAUUUGUUGGCCAUGACCAUUAAUGGCUUCCGCUGCCUCUCCGUCAGUCAGGAACACGAUAGUUGCAUCAUGCAAGUGGAGUUCAAAAAAACAGAAGGUGGCGGCCUCGGCUUUGCUUUGAUUGCUGGGACCAACGGCAGCUUGCUCAGAGUGAAGGAGAUCUGCUGUGGCGGAGCAGCCGAGCAGGACGGUCGUUUACGAGUGGGAGACAUUCUGUUAGAGGUGAACGGUGUGAUAGUCUCCGGUCUGAGCCACAGUAAAGUGGUGGACAUCCUGCGUAAAGCUGAGGGCACCGUUCAGCUCACCAUCUGCAGAGACAUCAUGCCUCUGACUUACUCUGAGUUACCGUCACAACCCAACAUGUCUGCGCCGACUGAACCUGUCUUAGCUGCUCAGCCGUCCCCAGACCCCUGCCCCUCACCUGAGGUCAUCCUGGAUAAUCCACCUGAGCGUCAUCCAGAGACGACUGGAGACUAUGCAGUCACCGAGCCGGUCGUGGUCCUGACCACACCACCACCGCCUCCACGACGUCUGACUGUUGUCACAGACCAGAGUGAAGUAUUUCAGGAGAGCUGUAACAGUACGCCUUCUCAUCAAGCUUGCUGCCCAUCUCUCAGUGUCACUGACAUGUUGCAUGGAGCUUCUGACAGGAAACACAUUGUGACCAAACUUUUGGACCAGUCCUGUAAAGACAUUCGUAAGACCCAAUCAGACGGCUGGAGCAGCGAAGAUGAAGAUGAUGAUGUGUUUGACACCAGCCAACAGGAAAUGACCUCACCACAUACAGGCCCACCUAUCGUAUCAGAGGAGGAACUGGCCAGUUUGGCUCUCAUCAGUCCAGACAGGACCAGCCAGUAUUCAGGCUCCAGGGUCAAAGCUCUCAUCCAGAUUCUGCAGCAUCAGCUGGGCCAGCAGGAACUGGUCAAAGAGUUCAUGGCUCUGGAGCAUCUGAAACCCUCUGAUAACUGUCUGGUGGGAAAAGCUCAUGAGAACCGAGAUAAGAACCGUUACAGAGAUAUUCUACCCUAUGACAAAACCCGUGUUGCCCUUGGAGAAAACCAGGACUACAUCAACGCCAGCUACAUCCGCAUGCAAGUGGGCGACACAGAGUUCUCCUACAUCUCCUGCCAGGGCCCGCUGCCCUCCACUGUGUCAGCUUUUUGGCAGAUGGUGUGGGAGAACAAAUCUGAUGUCAUCGCCAUGAUGACCCAGGAAGUGGAACGAGGCAGGGUCAAGUGUCAUAAGUACUGGCCAGAAAAGCUGGGCUUGCCUGUGGACACUGGCAGGUACCAGAUUCACCUGGAGAACCAACAGUUCCUGGAGUGCUUCCAGAUUAAAGUCAUCCGCAUGGUGGAGAGUGGAACCAGUGAGACACAUUUCGUCCGUCACCUGAAGUUCACGCACUGGCCUGACCACGGCGUGCCGCACUCUUCUGAACAGCUGGUGCGAUUUAUUCGUUACCUGAGAGCGGUGCACCACAAGGGGCCGGUGACCGUUCACUGCAGCGCUGGCAUCGGACGCGCAGGAGUUCUGAUUUGCACCGAUGUCAUACUGAGUCUCAUCGAAAACGAUUUACCUAUUAAUGUUAGUGACAUUGUGAAGGAAAUGAGACUUCAGCGCCACGGAAUGAUUCAGACCAAGGAACAAUACCUCUUCUGCUACAAGGUCUGGUUGGAGGUUUUACAGGGCAUUUUACAGCUUCACGGCAGCCAAUGGCAACCGGAAAGUCCCCCAGACCACAGAGUAGUCUGAAUGUUUCCACUUUCACUUCACCUGCGGUUAAA